CUUUAGUCAGUCGCUCGGAUCGGUCGGUAAGCGCGCGAUCAAUUACGUAUUGGAAAGCGCCAAAGCGCCGCUGAGAAUAGAAUAUCAACAACAACAGCUUAAAGCACGAAAUAAAACAUAAAAAACAAAAAACCAAAUAUAAAAAAAAAAAAAACAGCAACACAGAAUAACUAAAAUAAAACAAAAUAGAAUAUAUAUUUUAAACGAAUCCCAACGAAUUUAUUUGAAACGCGUGCCUUUCGCAUGCGGAGGCAGGUCGCACACUUCAUAUGCUACACAUAUGUACAACAAAUAAUAUACCUAUAGAAGCAUACACACACACACAUGUACUUGCAGAGAACGGUACACGGGGAUCGUACGAACAGCUGCUAAACUGCUACAGAUAAUCAGAUACAGAUACAUAUACUAGAAGUAUUUAUAAGCGCGUUCGCUCUCCUCGCCUUGCGUUCGGUUCGGUUUCUAAAUCGAGGCGUUUUUUACAGUUAACUUUCGCUUUUUUUUGUGCUGUGCCGCGGUUCACGUUUGCUUUCGCUUUCUCGCAUAAGAAAUUCUUUGCACUGCCCACGACUAGGUGGCCAGAAAUAGAUCAAAAAAUACAAAAAGCAAAUACGACUACAGCAACUAGAGGCGCGACCGGGCUCCAAUUUGAACGAAAAAAACUCAAAUACUCAACAAAUUGAAAGCUGCAACAGACGCCAGCCACAACAGCCAAACAUAACACAACAGCAACGACAACAACAAGAACAACAUCGAAAGCUGCAACAUGCCCACACCGCAUACCAGAUCCCAGGAUGAGCUAUCGACUGUCAAUGCUCUCGUGUCCAAGAAUCCGGACACGGAUAAGCACCAUGAAGAGGAGGAGGAGGAGAUAGACACCGCAGCGGUCGUUGUGCCACCGGACAGCGGCUGGGCGUGGGUGGUCAUGGUUGCCUCGUUCCUCUGCUGCACAGUGAUCGACGGCAUCGUCUUCUGCUCGGCCAUCAUCCAGGAGGAGCUGAUGAAGGAGUUCCAUGUGAGCAAGUUUUAUGUGACCUUCGUCUCGUCGCUGCUCAGCGGCUGCUACCUGAUGGCCGGACCCUUUGUCAGUGCGUUGGCCAAUCGCUUUGGCUUCCGUCCGGUGACCAUUGCCGGCGCCAUCUUCGGCGCAAUCUGCUUCGGCCUCUCGUACUUUGCCACCAGCGUGGAGUUCCUUUUUGUGGUCUACGGCAUCCUGGGUGGCAUUGGCUUCUGCAUGGUCUACAUUCCGGCUGUGGUCAUCAUUGGCUUUUACUUUGAGAAGUGGCGCGCCCUGGCCACAGGUGUGGCCCUCUGCGGCUCCGGUGUGGGCACCUUUGUCUUUGCUCCGCUCACGGAUCUGUUGCUGGAGAAGACCGGCUGGCGCAUGACGCUGGCUAUCCAGGGCAUCAUGAUCUUGUCGUGCGCAAUCUUCGGCCUCGCCUUCCGUCCCAUUCAGCCCAUCACACUGGGCGUCACCGAGGACGGCACCGUUGUCGACGAGGAGAAGACCAAGCUGAAUGGCCAUGGCAGCACGGUGGCUCCCACCCCGCAGCUGCAUCAGGCGGCGUUUACCAAGCCGCUGCCCGAGGGCCGCUUCGCCUACUCCAUGCCCAACUCGGCACAUAAUACGUAUAUGGGCGCCUCGCAGCGCAAUCAUUAUCCAACGGCUGCGGAGAUCUUCAAGGGCAUGAAUCUGGAGCGUCGUCCGUCUGGCCAGGGCAGCAAGGGCACCGAGCUGAAGCAGUUGCGCAAGUCGCAGCCAACCACGCCCAACGGCGAUCCACAACAGCUGACUUUCAAUCUGCACAAGGAACUGACGACAGUCGGCGAGAACGAGGAGGAGGCGGAGAACGACAAUCUGUUGGAGACGGAGGCCAAGCCCGUCAGCAUUCAGGCACGCAGACACACCGUUUCCGGGCGUCGUCCACAGGAUUUGGCCAAACGCGCCGCUGGCGGCCAUCACGAUCAGAACGGCCAUCAUCACGGCCAGUCGCAGUCCUCGUCCCGUCCCAUGUACAGAGAUGAUAUCUUCUUCACCGGCUCGCUGACCCGCAUCCCGCAGUAUCAGUCGCAGACCUCGUUGGCCUACCACAUGUCCGUCACGCGUCUGCCCACCAAGCAGGACAUGCUGGAGGACAGACAGAAGGGCUGCCGCAUCUGCCCGGAGGCAGUGCGUCGCACACUCUCAACGAUGUUGGACACCAGCCUGCUCAAGUCGCCGGCAUUCAUGUGCCUGGCCGUCAGCGGUUUCCUGACCAUGAUGGGCUUCUUUGUGCCCUUCUCCUUCCUGACGGAUCGCGCCGUUGACGCUGGCAUGGCCAAGGAGUCGGCUGUAUCCGUCAUCUCCGGCAUUGGCAUGAUCAACACCUUCGCUAGGAUCGUUUGCGGCUCGAUGAGCUCCUUCCCCAGCGUCAAGCCACUGUGGCUCAACAAUGUGGCACUCACCGCCGGCGGCUUGGCCACCAUCUUCAGCGGCGUGGUCAUCAAUGCCUCCACCCAGUGGGCCUUCGCUGUGCUCUUCGGCAUCUGCAUCGCCUGCUUCUCGGCGCUGCGAUCGCUCAUCGCCGUCGAGCUGAUUGGCCUGGAGAAACUGACGAAUGCCUUUGGCUUCCUGAUGCUGUUCCAGGGCCUGGCUGCCACCAUAGGCAGUCCCAUAGCAGGUGCCUUGUAUGCAGCUACGGAGAGCUACAAUGUGGCCUUCUACUUUGCUGGUGGCCUAAUCCUGCUAUCCGCCUUCCUCUGCUAUCCGCUGUCCUGGAUAUCCAGCUGGGAGCAGAAACGCAAUGCCAAGAACGAGUCACUAUCUCCAGCAGCCUAGAGAGACGAAGACAAUGGAAUGCCCAAACAUUAAUUGUCUAUUGAUAGCGCCCCAUUUGUACCAUUAAGUGGUUAGUUUAACACUAAUUGCCAAUCACUCGAUGUUGUUGAAAGAUAUUGAAAGCAGCGACAGCAACAGUAACUGAAAAAGCAACUGAAUUAGUAACUGGAAAAAGCAGUGAGAGCAGCAGCAACAGCAGCAGCCGCAGCAGCAGCAGCAGCAGCAAAUCGAACGAAUUGCUCUAGCUGCUCAAUGCCUGCUAGAAGCAUGUACUUGAUAUGUCGUCGUAUUUGUCUAGAUCUAGAUUAAGUAGCCUUACUCUAAGUGUAAUGUUUGUGCCUUUUGCUUUAUCGAGUGCCUCGCCUCAAUUUAAACAUACACAUACACACACAUAUAUAUAUACACAUACAUUAAGCUUUAGUAUUGAUUGAUCAAUUUGUAACUAAAAAAUUUAUAGAUAUAUAUAUAUAUAUAUUCAAUCGUAAGUGUGAGAACGACGUAGAAGCAAAUCAAGAUAAUAAUGAUGUUGAUCAAGAUGAUGAUGAUGAUGUUGAUACCUACAUAUAUCAUAUUUAGCAGCUGAGCUUAUGGCUGGGCCACAAAUCGACUGCCAAGUUAAGAGAGAUGAGAGGACGACGUUGCAUUUGUUUAGUUUAAGAUGUUCAACUAACUCUAUUCGGUAGCUAUUGCUCCCCCGCCCCGCCCCCCCAGACUUGUUACAUAGUUUGUACAUAUGUAAGUUUCUAGUUAUAAGACAAGCAAACACAAACACAACACACACACACAUACACACAAACACAACUAACUGCUCUUGAUUAUUGUUGUUGUUGCAGUUGGGUCAUUGCACCCAACUAUCCAAGCCGUACUCCACGAUCCGUUGUCAACGCUUCGCCUUAGCUGAUUAUAAAAGCAAACAGAACGUUGGCCCUUCACAGACACACACACACAUAGAUAUAGACAAAUAGUUAUAUACAUACUCAUGUUUAUCAACUGAUACUGUGUAGAAAGCCUAAAUAACAUCAUAUCUAUAAAGAACAAUGAACAGCGAGCAGACAAACAACAGAGCAUACCAACUAUACGCGUAGAGCUAUGUACACUAUUUAGUUUAUUUAAAAGUUAUAUACA